CUCUUAAAGGGCCCCUGGCCGCUGCCCUUAGGCCACUUCCUGGGGGUGGAGAGGACCUCAGCGGCUGUGGCGACAACCAGCGAAGGCGUCGGCGCCCAAAUCCCGAGACUCCUGGCUGCUUCCAUCACAGACCCCGGAACCUCCCAGCUGGACAGAGCGUGCAUCUUCGGUUCCCAGCAGAUACCAGGAGGUUCUCCAUCCUCUCUGAUCAGCUGCGCCUCCAUCUCCUGGGGCCCGUACCCGGAGCCUGGCCCAGCCUCUGACUGGUCUCCGAAUCCCUGCGUGGACUCGCCUACAGCGACAGCGAUCUGCUCAGAAACUCGGAAGGUGAUUCUUCAGAGUCUGCCCUGUGCUCGCCACCGUCACCUGCUGGUUGGAUUUCGGAAACCCGCUGGCUGAAGACCACAGAAGGGAAUCGCUGACCACGCAGAAUCAGAUACGUCUGGACCCUUCUCUCUGGCUGCCUUGUGCUUUUUUCAUUUGUUGUCUCAUCCUUUCGAGGACUUCUGUGCCCCGAAGACCACAACCACCAUCAAAGUAGCUGGGGUGAGCUACAAACCUUGCUGUUUCGUACUCCACCCUGUGCCUCCAACCCAGAGAGUCUGAACGUUACUACCCAAUUCUGCACCCAGGAAGUUCUACCUUUCCUUCUCUCUCUGUCUUGUGUACCUCCCAAAAUUUCCCCUCCCCCUGUGUCCUCUUCGCCCCCUUCCUUUGGGGGCCCCGUGACCCUGAAUGUGGGGGGCACGCUAUAUUCCACUACGUUGGAGACCUUGACCCGCUUCCCAGACUCCAUGCUGGGGGCCAUGUUUAGGCCAGGCACGCCCAUGCCUCCCAAUCUUAACCCCCAAGGAAGCGGCCACUACUUCAUCGACAGGGAUGGCAAAGCCUUCCGGCACAUCCUCAAUUUCCUGAGGCUAGGCCGACUGGAUCUGCCCCGUGGGUAUGGAGAGACAGCACUUCUCAGGGCAGAGGCUGACUUCUACCAGAUCCGGCCUCUCUUGGAUGCCUUGCGGGAACUGGAGGCCUCUCGGGGAACCCCUGUACCCACAGCUGCCCUGCUCCAUGCAGAUAUAGAUGUUAGCCCCCGUCUGGUGCACUUCUCUGCUCGCAGGGGCCCACACCACUAUGAGCUGAGUUCCGUCCAGGUAGACACCUUCCGAGCUAACCUCUUCUGCACUGACUCUGAGUGUCUGAGUGCCAUGAUGGCUCGGUUUGGUGUGGCUAAUGGGGACAGGGCAGAGGGAGGCCCACAUUUUCGUCUAGAGUGGGCCCCUCGCCCCUCAGAACUCCCAGAGGUGGAGUAUGGAAGACUGGGGCUGCAGCCACUGUGGACUGGGGGUCCAGGAGAGCAGCGGGAGGUGGUCAGCACACCCAGCUUCCUGGAGGAAGUCCUGCGGGUAGCUCUGGAGCAUGGCUUCCGCCUUGAUUCUGUUUUCCCUGACCCUGAAGACCUGCUCAACUCAAGAUCUCUACGCUUUGUCCGGCACUGAUUUCAGUUUGAUCGUGGGAAAGAAAGGGAAUCAAGGAGCCAAAAGAACUAACUAUGAAGCUAUGAAAGUCAGGGGUCCCACUGCACCUGACUGGAGUAGAGAUGUGGGCUGGAAUUCCCAAACUUAGCCCAUGAAGACUCACAAGCAGACCAGAUGGUCUGGACUGGUGCUCAUCCUUGGAGGGCAGUGACGGUUCUCUGGCUUGUUGGUGGCUGAGGCUGGGGCUCUCCAGUGUCUCCUUGGUUGAAGCUCAGUAUUCAGGGGUCUGAAAAAGUGAUGAACACCUCUUUGUCCAGGCUAAACCUAGCAGAACUCUUGAGGGACACUGAGUUCUAGGGAAAGGGGAUACUUCUGAUUGCCCUAAUAUGGUCUCCUUAACUAUGGCUUCCCCUCCUGGAACUGUGUGGCUUGGCCUGACCAAUGAGAGGCCAGAACACUCUGGAACAUGGAAAGGUAGGGUUCUUCGCUAUGUUCCAAGUCACUGUUUCCUAGGAAACAGAAAAGCCACUUACCCUAGGCUGACAUAGGGAGUUAAGAAAAUUCCCAUUAGCAAGGGCCUGGAGCACCCCUCUGGAACUCCAAGUGUUUUAAAGGAUCUGAUAGUGUAGGGGCUGGCCAUGGAGAAGGUGAUCCUGGCCUUCUUUCAUGUGUAUGUGCAUGUCACGUCAGCCAGUGUAUCUGACUAAUGCAUGGGUCCCUGGCAUCCUGGCUCCCAUCUGUAUUGCUGACCACGGUGUCUACACGAUGAUCCUUCUGUGGUUUCUGCAUGUCCAGGCCUGUUUACGGUUGCCCAGCAACUGUUCUGGCAUAGGUGUAUCUGUGGUAUGUGUGUGAAUAGUUUGAGGUUUAGUUUAAUCACAGGAUGUGUGUGUGUGUGUGUGUGUGUGUGUACAUUUAUGUGCCCACGUCACCACAUAAACAGGAGGGGCCUGUUUGGGUUUGAGUCACUAGGAUCUUCCUAUGAGAGGUAAAAGAAGUCACUGGGCUUAGCUGUGCCUCUGAGACUUAUAGGAAACCCUUGGUUACUGAGGCCACUAUGGGCCUGGUGCUAGGAUACAGUCAGAGAAGGACCAGGGUUUCCCUGGGC